UUACACAUCUGUACUAGAAAAAUCUUCGGGAUCCGCCCUCUCUUUCUUGGUUAUUUAAGAGCCUUCCAUACUCCUCUCUAGAAGUAAAUCUGAAUUACUGUGCGAGUCUAGCCGGGUGAUUUUUUCUGGUUGAUGCUGAUAUAGACCUCUAUUACACAUACAAAAUGAGUAAAGCACCUGCUGUUGGUAUUGAUUUGGGAACCACAUACUCCUGUGUGGGUGUAUUUCAACAUGGCAAAGUUGAAAUCAUUGCUAAUGACCAGGGCAACAGAACAACUCCAAGUUAUGUUGCUUUUACAGACAAUGAACGUCUUAUAGGUGAUGCUGCAAAGAACCAGGUAGCCAUGAACCCAGAAAAUACUGUAUUCGAUGCCAAAAGAUUGAUAGGACGUCGUUUUGAUGACCCAACUGUAGCUUCCGACAUGAAACAUUGGCCAUUUACAGUAUUAAAUGAAGCAGGCAAGCCUAAGAUCAGGGUUGAAUACAAGGGUGAAAACAAAACUUUCUUCCCUGAAGAAAUAUCCUCAAUGGUUCUUACAAAGAUGAAGGAAACUGCUGAGGCAUAUUUAGGAAAGACUGUCACAGAUGCUGUUGUUACUGUACCAGCCUAUUUCAAUGACUCUCAACGUCAAGCUACCAAAGAUGCUGGAACUAUUUCUGGUCUCAAUGUACUUAGAAUAAUCAAUGAGCCAACAGCUGCUGCCAUUGCCUAUGGUCUUGACAAGAAGGUUGGCGGUGAACGCAAUGUACUCAUUUUUGACCUUGGAGGUGGCACCUUUGAUGUUUCUAUUCUUACAAUUGAGGAUGGCAUUUUUGAGGUCAAGUCCACAGCUGGUGACACUCAUUUAGGUGGUGAAGAUUUUGAUAACAGAAUGGUCAAUCACUUCAUUCAGGAAUUUAAGAGAAAACACAAGAAGGAUAUUAGUGAAAACAAGCGUGCAGUACGUCGUCUAAGAACAGCUUGUGAGAGGGCUAAGAGAACUUUAUCAUCAUCUACUCAGGCUAACAUUGAAAUAGACUCUCUGUUUGAGGGUAUUGAUUUCUACACCAGUAUCACCCGUGCUCGCUUUGAGGAGUUGAAUGCUGAUCUAUUCCGUGGCACCUUGGAACCUGUAGAAAAAUCAUUGCGCGAUGCUAAACUUGAUAAAGCUCAGAUUCAUGAAAUUGUGCUUGUUGGAGGAUCAACUCGUAUUCCAAAGAUCCAGAAACUAUUGCAAGAUUUCUUCAAUGGCAAGGAACUGAACAAGAGCAUUAAUCCAGAUGAAGCAGUUGCAUAUGGCGCAGCUGUACAGGCUGCUAUUCUACAUGGUGACAAAUCUGAAGAGGUGCAGGAUCUUCUGUUGUUGGAUGUUGCUCCUUUGUCACUUGGUAUUGAAACUGCAGGAGGUGUGAUGACUGCACUUAUCAAGAGAAACACCACUAUUCCUACAAAACAGACUCAGACAUUCACUACUUAUUCAGAUAACCAACCUGGUGUGCUAAUUCAGGUUUAUGAAGGUGAACGUGCAAUGACAAAGGAUAACAACUUGCUAGGCAAAUUUGAACUGACAGGUAUUCCACCAGCACCACGUGGUGUGCCCCAGAUUGAAGUCACUUUUGACAUUGAUGCCAACGGUAUUCUAAAUGUAUCUGCUGCUGACAAGAGCACUGGCAAAGAAAACAAAAUUACCAUCACCAAUGACAAAGGUCGUCUGUCCAAAGAGGAAAUUGAAAGAAUGGUUAACGAUGCUGAGAAAUACAAGAAUGAGGAUGAAAAACAGAAAACUCGCAUUUCAGCCAAGAAUGCUUUGGAAAGUUACUCAUUCCAUAUGAAGUCAACUGUUGAGGAUGAAAAACUGAAGGACAAGAUCAGUGCAGAUGACAAGAAAAUUAUUAUUGACAAGUGCAAUGAGAUCAUUCACUGGCUUGAUGCAAAUCAGUUGGCUGAUCAAGAGGAAUUUGAGCAUAAACAAAAAGAAAUCGAAGGAGUUUGUAAUCCAAUCAUCACCAAAUUGUAUCAAGGAAUGGGAGGUGCUGGUGGCAUGCCAGACUUCACUAGUGCUGCAGGUGCUGGUCAUGGAGCAUCCCAAGGUACAGGAGGCAGUGGACCAACCAUUGAAGAAGUUGAUUAAUCUGUAUAAAGACCUAGUCUACUUUAUAGAACUUAGUUAAAAAACUUUUUGGCUAUUUUGCUACGCUGAGCACUAAUAUCAUCCAAAAUUUUUACAACUAUUUAUUUCUAUCAACACAAUUUAGCUGUUAUGUUGCAAAUUUGUCAUUAAAACAUUUGUUUCUA